CUUUCUCAGCUGCUCCAUGCCCUCAAAAAAGUACACUUCAAGACUCUUGAUGGAACCAAGAUUAUGUUUGAUGUCAAUGGAGAUUUGGUGACAAAAUUUGAUAUUUUACAAGGGCAGAAGACCACCACAAGUGUAUUCCACUGGGUCCACGUAGGCAUGAUAGACCCUCAAGUCUCUUCAGGGAACAAAAUGAUGGUCCAAUUGAAGGAGGAUCUCCAAGUGCCCACCUCCAUCUGCAGUGAAAGCUGCCUUCCAGGGUUUAGCCAAGUGCCCAGACUGGGAGCCCCCCACUGCUGUUUUGAUUGCAGUCCAUGUCCUGAAGGACAGUUUGCAGACCAAAGAGACAUGAAGAGAUGUCUUCUGUGUCCCAAGGAGCAGUACUCGAGCCAUACCAGAGACCAUUGCCUCCCCAGGACAGAGAUAUUCCUGGCCUUUGAGGAACCAUUGGGAUUCAUAUUGGCUUUGAUGGCAAUCUUGCUGGCUGGUCUGGCUCUCCUGGUACUUGGAGUGUUCCUGAAGCAUCGAGACACACCUGUGGUCAGGGCCAACAACAGAACUCUCAGCUACUUCCUCCUGAUCUCUCUUUCCCUCUGUUCCCUCUGUUGCUUGCUUUUCCUUGGGAGACCUACUGUCACCACCUGUCUCCUCCGUCAGACCACCUUUGCUGUGGUGUUCACAGUGGCUGUCUCCUCUGUUCUGGCCAAGACUCUUACAGUAGUCCUGGCCUUCAGAGUCACCAAGCCAGGAAGCAGGAUCCAGGUAUGCCUGAGCCCUGGUGCUUCAACCUCAGUCGUCCUCAUUGCUUCCUUAAUACAGGCUGUUCUUUGUGGUGUGUGGUUGGCUACCUCCCCACCAUUCCCAGAGAGGGAAAUGAACUCAGAGCCCCAGCACAUUGUGAUCCAGUGCCAGGAGGGUUCUGGUGCCACCUUCUUCUGUGUGCUGGGCUUCUUAGGUUUCCUGGCAGGGGGUACUUUCUCUGUGGCUUUUCUGGCCAGGGACCUACCAGAUGUCUUCAAUGAGACCAAGUUCCUCACCUUCAGCAUGCUGCUCUUCUGCAGUGUCUGGACAGCUUUCCUGCCCCUGUACCACAGUGCCCGGGGAAAGUCCACUGUGGCGGUAGAGAUCUUCUCCAUCUUGGCCUCCACUGCUGGACUUUUGGGUGGCAUCUUCAUCCCCAAAUGCUACAUCAUCUUGUUGAAACCAGAAAAGAAUACCCCUGCCUGGCUAAGGCAAGGCCACUGUGCACAUCAAGACAGGCAGUUUUCGAUGCUCCACAGAAAGUGA